ACCGAUACCCACUCACAGAAAAUUUGGCAAGUCAUCAGCAUGAUGUGGCCUUGUUCCCUGACCUCCGCACACACAGCUACACAAGUAGAGUAGAUGCAAGUCUCACUCGACUAAUUCCCAGCGAGAAUGUUUGCAGCAAAUGAAAAUGAUCAGCAGGGACAAUAUACAAUUGCAGGAAUAUCUGCAGCAGAAUAAUAGUUGGAAGGAUUAAAAUAGUUGUCGGAGAGAUCGGUUCAGUUGAUUAUUGGCCUCUUCUUCGAUUCUUGCUUGCUUGUUCCAAAUCGUGUCAUUUUCUUGUCCUAGUGCGCAUCACGCAUGCCCCUUCUUUAAUGGGAGUUUUUGUUGGCAUUUGGAUUUCUUGUCCUAGCGUGCCUGCGUGUGAUAAGAACGAGCUAGCAAGUACGAGAGUUGGUACUAGCUAGCUAGUUGGUAGUUCUUGCGAGAAGAAGGAAGCUACAAGAAGGGUGUGUGCGUGCGUGGCGUGGCUUGGCUUUGGCUUGCUUCCGCUGCUCGCCCUCUCAACCCAAGCCCAAACCGAGAAAUGUUGUUGCCCAGAUAAAAUCUUCUCUUCCCCGCUCGCGCUCCCGGCUUCGGCAACGGUGCAGCACACUGCGCGUGGGCGGGCGGGCGGGCGCAACGACGAAGGUGGCCAGUUGCACGCCGGGCGGUUGGCGGCAGUUCGGCAACGUGACGCGCGCGUGACCCACCAACGGACAGGAAAAUGGACGCGGAGAGCGGCGGAGGCGCGGCGAGGACGCCGGCGCGGAGGAAGCGGCCGUGGAGCGCGGAGCUUCUGCUGGCGUACCAGAGCCUCGGGGUGGUGUACGGCGACGUGGCCACGGCGCCGCUCUACGUCUUCAAGAGCGCCUUCGCCGGCGGGGACAUCGAGCAUUCCGCGGGGAACGAGGAGAUCUACGGCGUGCUCUCCCUCGUCUUCUGGACGUUGACCCUCAUCCCGCUCAUCAAGUACGUCUUCCUCGUGCUCCGCGCCGACGACCACGGCGAGGGCGGCACCUUCGCGCUCUACUCCCUCAUCUGCCGCCGCGUCCGCGCCGGCCUCCUCCCCGGCGGCGGCGGCGGCGACCUUGCGGUGCAACCGCGCGAGGGCGCGGCGCCGGCGCCUGCGCUCCGCCUCUCGAGCGUGCGCGCCGCGCUGGAGCGGCACAGGGUCCUGCAGAGGCUGCUGCUCCUGCUCGCCCUCCUCGGGACCUGCAUGGUCAUCGGCGACGGCGUCCUCACCCCUGCCGUCUCCGUGAUCUCGGCGGUGUCUGGGCUCGAGCUCUCGCUGGACAAUAAGCAGCACGAAUAUAUACUGCUACCAGUAACGUGCGCUAUACUGGUGGGCUUGUUCACCCUGCAGCACUACGGCACGCACAGGGUCGGCUUCAUUUUCGCGCCCAUCGUCUGCCUGUGGCUUCUCUGCAUCAGCGCCAUAGGGGUCUACAACAUCAUCCACUGGAAUCCGCAUGUGUACCGAGCUCUUUCGCCGUACUACAUGUACAAGUUUCUUCAGAAGACUCAAACAGGUGGCUGGAUGUCACUGGGUGGGAUCCUUCUAUGCGUAACCGGCUCUGAAGCUAUGUAUGCGGACCUUGGACAUUUUUCACAGUCUUCGAUUAAGAUAGCUUUCACAUCUUUAGUUUACCCAGCUCUAAUACUGGCAUAUAUGGGACAAGCUGCUUACAUUUCGAGACAUCACAAUUUCGAGAAUAUUAAUCAUAUUGGAUUCUACGUAUCCGUCCCAGAAAAAAUCAGAUGGCCUGUUCUGGUGAUUGCAAUUCUCGCAGCCGUUGUCGGGAGCCAAGCAGUUAUUACUGGCACAUUCUCAAUUAUCAAACAGUGCUGUUCCUUAAAUUGCUUCCCUAGGGUGAAGAUUGUGCAUACAUCCUCUACAGUACAUGGCCAGAUAUACAUACCAGAGAUCAAUUGGAUCUUGAUGAUACUAUGCCUUGCUGUUACUAUAGGCUUCAGAGAUACGAAGCACUUGACAAAUGCACAAGGUUUGGCGAUCAUAACUGUUAUGCUCGUCACGACUUGCUUGAUGUCACUGGUUAUAGUCCUUUGCUGGAACAAGAACAUAGUGUAUUCCCUUGGGUUCCUUUUUUUCUUUGGUGCAAUUGAAGUUCUUUACUUCUCAGCAUCCCUUGUUAAAUUUCGCGAAGGGGCUUGGGUACCCAUCACCCUGUCCUUCAUUUUCAUGAUGGUGAUGUGCGUGUGGCACUAUGGUACCAUAAAGAAGUAUGAUUUUGAUGUCCAAAACAAGGUCUCUAUAAGUUGGUUCUUGAAUCUUGGCCCUUCCUUGGGGAUUGUUCGGGUCCGAGGCAUUGGGCUCAUACAUACAGACAUCAUGUCUGGUAUUCCAGCCAUUUUCUCUCACUUUGUCACCAAUCUGCCUGCAUUUCAUCAGGUUCUGGUCUUUCUGUGCAUUAAAUCAGUACAUGUACCACAUAUCCGACCUGAAGAGCGAUUUUGGGUUGGUCGCAUUGGCCCCAAACAAUAUCGUAUUUACAGAGUGGUUGUCCGAUAUGGAUACCGCGAUGUGCCUAAGGAUGAUAUAGAGUUUGAGAAGGACCUAGUCGGCAGCAUUGCAGAAUUCAUCCGUUGUGGAGACUCUGACGAUCAAAAUGGCUCUCUAGACGGUGCCGCAGACUACUCCUUGGAGAGACUGUCUUCCAUCAGCAAAGGUCUAACAUUUCAGGAGGAUGGCAGUGAGAUUAAUGGAUCAGAUUCGUCGAUACUAUCCCCAGAUAACGAGAUAUACCAGAACGCGAUAGCGCCAAAGGCCAAGAGGGUAAGGUUUGUGCUUCCAAAGGGUGCCCAGAUUGACACCGAGGUGCGCAGUGAGCUGCAGGAACUGUCAGAUGCUAGAGAGGCAGGCAUGUCUUUCAUCAUGGGACGAGCGCACAUGAAGGCAAAAAGUGGGUCUGGUUUGGUAAAGCGGAUCGCGAUAAACUUCAUCUAUGAAUUCCUGAGAAGGAAUAGCCGAGGUUCUGUAACUGCAGCUAACAUACCUCAUGCUUCGAGUUUAGAAGUAGGGAUGGUGUGCCAGGUCUGAUAUGAGGUCACCACCACGGUUAGUUGUUCAUAUAUCCAUGUAAAUAUGUAUAUCCUAACAAGAAGAGGUAUAGAGGAUUCAUGAAGCAGGGCACCGUUCGCCGAAAAUUGUACAUCAGAAGUAUGCAUAGUUUUCUCUUAGAUGUCUUAUGUUGAGCUGAUCUUUGUUUUGGCUCUUUGAUAAGUUGCUGUCACUACUGUCGUUUUCAUCAUAUAAGGGUCGCAAAGCUAAAUGAUGAAUAAGGAAGAUAUCAUUUUUGUGCA